CUCAGGAGCAGCACCGGGGAGCACUUCCAGCCUCCGAUGUAGUUGGUGGUCAACGUGUCCUCGAGAGGUGAUGGAUAAUGGCGAAAUAUAUGAUAACAGAGCGUGUGGUGACAAGAAGAUGCGCUUGGAGAACACAGUGACAGCUGAGGUGAGGUGCCGGCGUGAUGGUGUGUGUGGGAAGGAAGAGCACACAGCCUGCAGACCCCGAGGUGCUGCAGGCCACUCAGCACCACCUCAGACAGAACCUGCAGCUCUGGGGCACCGCUGGCGUUUCGGGUGAGGAGGUGCUGCGUGUGUACAGCAGUGAGGCGCAGCACCUGGAGGAGCUGAUUGGCCGCACACUGUCUCUGGGGGAGAGCAACUCGGCACUCCUCCUAGCACCGCGAGGCACUGGCAAAUCUGCAUUGGUGGAUGGCGUGCUGGGGCGGCUGAAGGGCCGGGGUGUGCUAGGGCAGGGCCUGGUGGUGCGGCUGUCGGGGCUGCUCCACACGGAUGACCUGCAGGCACUGAAGGAGAUCACCCGUCAGUUGAGGCUUGAGGAGGCCGCUGCCAAGAAGGUGUUCAGGUCCUUUGCUGAAAAUCUGUCCUUCCUACUGGAGUCCCUGUGUGGCGGCAGCAAGGAGACUGCCAAGCCAGCAAUAUUCCUGCUGGAUGAGUUUGAUUUGUUUUGUCAUCACCGCAACCAAACUCUCCUGUACAACCUGUUUGAUGCUGCACAGUCAGCCCAGGCCCCGAUCUGUGUGCUGGGCUUGAGCUGCCGUCUGGACGUGGUGGAGCUGCUGGAGAAGAGAGUCAAGUCUCGCUUCUCUCACCGCCAGAUUCACCUGCAAGCAUCUGGGGACUUCACCACACACUACCUGCACACCUUCAGAACACUGCUGCACCUGCCUCACUCUUUCCCCUUCAAGGACUUUGCUCGGGUUUGGAAUGAGGAUGUGGAAGCACUGGCUCGUGAUGAUGUGGUGGUGGACGUGCUGCAGAGACAACACACCACCACCAGGGAUGUGCGGGUCCUCAAGUCACUGCUGGUGAUGUGUCUGGCUCAGCUGGAUGAAGGAAGCAGCCGCCUCACCCCACAAAUGUUCAGCCAUGCUGAGGCGCUGCUCACACAGGAUGCCCGGACCAGCACAGUACGCGGCCUGUCUGCCCUUCAGCUGUGUCUGGUAGUAGCGAUGAAGCACCUGGCAGAAGUGUAUGAUGGGGAGCCAUUCAACUUUGAGAUGGUGUAUCGUGAGUACCUAAAGUUCAGCCUCAAGUCGUCCAUGCAGAGUUUUGAGAAGCCUGUGGUGUUCAAGGCUUUCGACCAGCUCAUGGGCCUUGAGCUGGUGCGGCCUGUGGACCAGACCUGCCGGGUGCAGCGCGAGUAUGAGCUGGUGCAGAUGAUGAUGACGCCCAGCCAGGUAGGCGAGGUGCUGUCCCAGAUGUCCGGCCUGCCCACUGACCUGCAGCGGUGGGCCUCCUUGGGGCUGGCCUGAGGAGUCACUGUCACUGCCACACUCACAGUAUUUUUAGAUUUUUUUUUUUUUUUUAUGACUUUUGAAAAUAAAGAUCCAUCACA